AUGCUCUUCACUCCUACCGUCGCUGUCACCAUCCUGGCCUUCGCCUCUUCGGUUCUGGCCGGCCCUAUCAGCACUCGCGAUCAGACUCCCGCCUUGAGCUUGACUCAGCAACUCUUCCUCGCCGAUACUGCCGCAGACCGCUUCAAGCUCCUUCCCGAUGACAAGCAGUUCGUCUUCGACUUCAACCAGAAGCAGGCCAACCCCGGCAAGGGCGGCGAGCUCGUCGCCGCCAACCGCAAGACCUUCCCCGCUCUCGUCAGCACCGGCGCCGGCAUGGCGGUCGGCAGAGUCAAGCCUUGCGGCAUGAACACCCUCCACGUCCACCCCCGCUCCGUCGAGCUCCAGAUCGUCACCCAGGGCCGCCUCAUCACCGAGAUGGCCCCCGAGAACGGCGUCCUCGCCGCCGACGGCAAGACCCGCCGCGUCAUCCGCACCGAGCUGGGCCCCUACAUGAUGACCCCCUUCUACCAGGGCUCCGUCCACAGCCAGUUCAACCCAGACUGCGAGGACGCCAUCUUCGUCGCCAGCUUCGCCGCCGAGGACUUCGGCACCGGCCAGGUCGCCGACACCGCCUUCGCCUUCAGCGACGACCUCAUCGCCGCCACCUUCGGCCAGAGCAUCGACGGCGAGGACAUCGAGAUGGUCCGCGCCGCCAUCCCCGCCAGCAUCGCCCUCGGCGUCGACUCGUGCUUGAAGAAGUGCAACAUCAAGAAGCGCGAGAUCUAG